CGCGCCCACGAGUCUCCGCGUUCGCCCUCUGCUCCUGAGUCCUUCUCCCUGUUCUCCGAGCGGUCCUGGGAUCCCGGUCCUAUGCGGAGCCCCCUUGGUACUGGGGGAGGCUUCGGAGGGGGAGAGGGCUGCUGUCUCGCGAAGACACCCUCUCCUUUCCCCGGACCUGGGCUCAGUGCGGACUCAGGACCCCUUUCACCUCCCCCCUCCCCGUCCUGACCGAGGUCUCAGAGGGGAUCGGGUCCGCCGGCCGGCUAGUCCCGGGCCUAGGAGCUGAACUGGGAGGCAGGGAAGCCCGAACCGGAGGGUUAAGGCUGGGCGGGAACUGACUGAAGGUAGGGAAGGAAGAAGGCUCUGGCUAUGACGUCAUAGGAUUAACCCUCUCCGCGCCCGGCCAGUUGCCGCCCCGAGGGGUAGAAGACUCGAAGCUGACUGGUUCUUCCGGGGAUGAGUCCCCGGCAGAACCUGGGAAUGGACGCUUGGGUCGGUCGACACCCCCCACUGGGCGUUUGAUCGUCCCGGCACAGCCACCGCACGUCGCGUGGAUGUCCUUGACAUCGACGUGUGGGUUAGCGUCGAAUACGGGUUCUGGUGACCGUGUCAUGCGUGCACUUACUACAUAAGAAACCACCAGCGUAUUUGUGCGCAAGGGGUGUGAUGUGAUCUGCCUCUUCUGCAGCAAGUUGCCCUGGGUCGGGGGCGGAGAGCUGGGUGCACACCGCCACUCGGCGGCGGCCUGGAGCAUGGCAUCCCAAAGAUAAAACAGUUUAUCAGGACUUAGAUUUGCCACCUAAUGCUUUACUCCAUUUUCAGGUAGCCCUGACCUGGAGAUUGCGUCCGUACUGGCUUGCGUCUCCAAGAAUAUCCUCUCUGGAUAUUCCUUAUGAAUACCUAGUCGUCUCCUCUGUACUUUUGAUCUUGCAAUUUCUUCCUCCAGGAAUGACCUUCCUCGUUCUUCUCCUGGCUUACUCUUAAGCCUUCCAAAACUCUGCUCCAAUAUCCCAUCUGCAGAACCCUUGAUCUCAAGAGCUGAUUUCCGUUUUAUCCCCAGGGUCUGGUAAGUGAAGGGCUGAAUAGAGUGGCUCGAAUCUGCGCGGCCUGGGUUCAGCUGACUACGCGGUUUCCACCAGGGGGAGCAAGAGACAGAGUCAUUUCACGACGUCCACCAGGGGGCGCUUUCUCCUGCCUCUGGCCGUUCAGGAUUGGGGCGCCAACCCGCGGAUUCGCCCCGCCUGAUCUGGAGAGGCACCACUAAACUAUUUGCAUAAUCUUGAAAGGGCCACGCUGAGUGGUUGUGGUAUAAAAGAAAUUUGAAACGGGCUCUCUGAUUGGUGUAAGUUUUCCCUCUUGCUUCGCGUCCCCAUCCCGCCCCGGAGGUCGGUAGGAAGCCUCCGACUAGUGACAAGAGGGAACCUAGGUGUCCGGGCAGUGGACCCUGAGGGAGUCGAAGAUGUGCAUCUAGAGACACUGCGACCCUUGCCACCUGACCCACACACCGAGGCCUUCUCAGUCACCCUGGUCACACCCACGCUGCCUUGGGAGUUGCCCAUAAGUAGGGUCCCAGGGCUGGAGAUGGGUAUCGAAAAUGAAAGUCCAGAACCAGACUGUCAGAAACAGUUCCAGGCCGCAGUCAGCGUCAUUCAGAACCUGCCUAAGAACGGCUCUUACCGCCCCUCCUACGAAGAGAUGCUGCGGUUCUACAGCUACUACAAGCAGGCUACCAUGGGGCCCUGCCUCAUCCCCCAGCCUGGGUUCUGGGACCCUAUCGGACGUUACAAAUGGGAAGCCUGGAACAGCCUGGGCCAGAUGAGCAGGGAGGAGGCCAUGUCCGCCUACAUUACUGAGAUGAAGCUGAUGGCACAGAAGGUGAUCGACACAGUGCCCCUGGGCGAGGUGGCAGAGGACAUGUUUGGUUACUUCGAGCCCCUGUACCAGGUGAUCCCUGACAUGCCGAGGCCCCCGGAGACAUUCCUGAGAAGGGUCACAGGUUGGAAAGAGCAGGUACUGAAUGGAGAUGCUGAGGCUGCCCCAGAGCCUCCCUGCCUCCCCAAGGAACCAGCACCCCCAAGUCCAGAAUCCCAGCCACCCAGGGACCAGGACUCUGAGGUUUUCUGUGAUUCUGUGGAGCAGCUGGAGCCUGAGCUGGUUGGGGAAGAGCAAAGGGGUGCCCUGGGAGGAGAAAAUGACACCAGAAACAGCCCCGAGCCUCCUGCAGAGAAAGGGAGAUUGGAAGGCCCCCUGCUGGGGCCCCAGGAAUUGGACUCGUGGCUGGUGGGGACAGUCCGAGCACUGCAGGAGAGUAUGCGGGACGUCCAGGGGAGGCUGCAGAGCCUGGAGAGCAUGCCUAUGCCCCCCGAGCAGCUUCCUUACUUCUUGGUAUAAGACAUCCCACAUUCAAUUCCACCUUCCCUGCUCCAGACCUGAAAUCUGCCACUUCUCCAAGGAGCCUUGCUUCCUUUCAACAGAUAAUGGGAUUUAGAAACUAAAAUCUGAACACCCUGGGUCUUCAUUGGAAAUGUGGCACAUCCUUUACAAUAUGGGGCUUCAGGCCAUAUCAGGCUUUGUGGCCCAGAGGAGAUGACCUCGGAGUCAGUUCCUCCACUCUUUUUGGCACCUUGAAUUGCCAUGGGAGGAAGAUAGGGGAGGGUGUUGGGGCUCAGUGUUUCAGGGACAAACCAGGAGUCCCAAUCUUCGGACUGGGGAGAGGGAGGUAGCAGCUCCCACUUGAGUUCUGGAAGCAGGUCCCUAAGGAGGGCCUAGCCUGAGCUGAGGCCUGGGCUGGCGCCUGACUCUGUCCUCUUGGCAGCAGAUACCCCCACCCAGUGCCAAGCCUCGGCCCCUCAGGCUUUCCGGCCCCACGCUGAUCUUCUUCCUCCUGUGGCCCUUCAUCGUCCAGUGGCUCUUCCGACAGUUUCGGACCCAGAAGAGGUGACUCUCGGUGGAAGAGUCUGCAGCCAACAGGAGGCUAUGAAUCCUGUGUUCUGCAGUCCCCUGAGCCUUCCUAGGGUUUAGGGGAACGGCAUUAACCGCCCCCGGCUUCCCGCCCCCAAAUAGCGUUCGCCUUGAUACUCCUCUCCUCGUGUGGGGGCCAGAUAAGACCCUACUCUUCCUGCAGCUCCACAGGGACUGUCCCUCCUUUCCCCCUCGACCACCUCAGGCUCUCUAGGGAGACUGCCCUAAUGGAGCAAGUCCCCAGUUCGGGGUGGGCGGGUGAUCCAGGGGCGGAGCUACCGGGUCUCAGCCUCUGCCCUCCUCAUCCUCUGAGUCACCUGACUCCUCUCCCAACCCAGCCUCUCCCCGGGGAGGCUCAGCUCUUGGGCAAGUUGGGACUUCGGCCGGGCCCUGGAAGAGUGAUUGGCUGGCGGGCUGUGGGAGGGAGGCCAGGAGGCUCGACCGAGUUGGGGAAAGGCGGAGAGAGCUGGCCCUGGGGGAGGGCAGUCAGCUCCUUUUGGCUGGCCGCCCUACCUGCAGAAAUACUCAGGACGUCCUCACUAAAGAUGCACUUACAAAAGAGUUUCACCAAAUAAAAUAAAACCUUCAUCUUC